AAGGGAGGGCGGCACUGCUGACGGUUCGCGUGCAGCAGCACGCCACGUUGGAAGGCUCGAUUUGACGGGUCGUCGCAUCUCGCCGGACCCCCGCGUGUCAGCCGUUUUGCCCGAGGAAUCUCCCUGUUUACGGCCACUCGGACGACGAGCCAAGAUGAAAGUCAAGGAGCUGCUGAAGACAGUGAACGUAGCAUGGUCCCCUUCGGCUCAGCAUCCCAUCAUGCUGGCUGCCGGGACGGCGGCGCAGCAGUUGGACGCCAGUUUCAGUACCUCGGCCAGUUUAGAUCUGUACUCGCUGAAUCUACAGCAGCCAGGGUACGAGAUGGAGCUCCAGGCUAGCGUCCCUAGUGAUCACAGGUUUCACAAAAUUAUCUGGGGAUCCUAUGGAAAUAAUCCGGCAGGCAUAAUCGUCGGCGGUUGCGAGGAUGGGACUAUAAAGCUGUAUUCUGCUGCAAAGUUAUUGGCCAGAGAUAGUAACUGUCUGAUAAACAGCCCUCACAGGCACGCCGGUCCUGUCAGGGCAAUGGACUUCAAUCCUUUUCGAGAGGAAAAUCAACUGGCCACAGGUGCAACAGAAAGCGAGAUCUUUAUUUGGGAUAUUAAUACAAACACGCCGACAACCCUCUCCAGAAGCCAACAGUCAGAAGACGUUCAGCACAUUGCCUGGAACAGACAAGUACAUUUGAAGGACAUUCUUGCUUCCACAUUUUCACAAUGCUGCGUUAUAUGGAACGUGAAGGAAAAGAAGCCAAUAUUCAAAUUGACGGAUGCAAAUUCAAGGGUACGCUGGAAAGUUGCCCAGUGGCAUCCAGAUAUUGGAACGCAAUUGUGCUUGGCAUCUGAAGAUGAUCAAACGCCUAUCAUUGAAUUGUGGGACGUGAGGGUUCCAACGUCACCUUUGAAAACUCUGCAAGGUCAUCAGCGUGGUGUUCUUUCGAUCGCAUGGAAUCCGCAAGAUGCUGAUUUACUCCUGAGUUGUGCCAAGGACAACCGAAUCUUGUGCUGGAAUCCUAAUUCAAGUGCAUUGAACGGCGAGGUGAUAUGCGAGUUAGCUCAAACAGCUCAGUGGAACUUUGAUGUGUCUUGGUGCCCGAGGAAUCCAGGAUUGAUUGUUGGCAGUAGUUUCGAUGGUCAUGCUGUUGUCUAUUCUUUAUUAGGUGGACAACGGCAAGAAACACCUAAAAUCGGGGAUUCGUUCCCAGGAGUGGAUCCGUUCACCCAAUCGACAGUACAAACAGGAACGACGGCAGUAUUAACGAAAGCACCUAAAUGGUUAAAAAGGCCAUUUGGAGCAUCAUUCGGAUUUGGUGGUAAAUUGUUGAUUUUCGAGAAUCAGCCCGCUGAUCCGAACUUAAACAAGAAAGCGAAUAGGAAAGUUAUUAUAUCACAAGUAAUCGUACAACCCAGUCUCAUUCAACGUUCCAACAAAUUGAAGGCGACACUGGAAACUGAGCAAUUUAGUGAGUUUUGUAAGGAAAAGAUGGAUAAGUCCCCGGACGAACAUACCAAGAAGGUCUGGAGAUGUGUACGUGCCUACUUUGAUGAAAAUGUGACAAAGAGCAUAUUGGAGAUAUUGGGCUACAAUAUCGAGACAAUGAAUAAUAAGCUGAAUCAGUUUGUGCCUCCGAACGAUAUAAACAGUAUCAUAGAUGGUGUCUCUAAUCUUAACAAUGCAAUAAAUGGAAAUGUUAUGGUCGGCAGUACUGCAUUUGAUGCUGUACAAGACCAAAGCAAAAAUGUGUCAAAUAAGUUUGCAGAUAGUACUUACGUUAUAAAUACUUCCGAUGAUGAAGAUGGUCUUAUUACUCAAGCCAUCAUCUCAGGAAAUAUUGAGGCCGCUGUAUCUUUGUGCUUUACUAGCAAAAGAUACGCCGAAGCUAUAAUUCUUUCGAUGGCCGCUGGUCCCGAUCUACUGGCACGUACCCAGUGCAGAUACUUUUCAGAGCACUCCAGUGCAUUAAAUUCUCUCAUCAAUUCAUUAGUUAGCGAAAAUUGGGCAGAGGUUGUUACGAACAGUGAUCUAAAGUGUUGGAAGGAGGCACUAGUUGGCAUAUUUACACAUUCGCUUCCACAGGAACGGUCUAUCUUGUGCGACAUGCUGGGCGAUCGCUUGGUGUCGUCUGAAAAUCCCGUUCUCAAGAAGCAAGCGCAAAUUUGUUACAUUUGCUCCGGUAAUUUGAACAGACUGAUUGAAGUGUCCGACGCUGACAUUCAAGAAGUGGUAGAACUGGUCGUGAUAAUGCAGAAAGCCUUGGAACUCCAAGGCAUCAGGGAAGUUCAGAUAAACGACAAAAUUGCUACUGUGCUGUCUCAGUACGCGGAGAUGCUGGCGGCAGAGGGCGAUCUAGAAUCCGCCUUGAACUAUCUCGGGAACAGCCAAGAGCAACGAGUCUCGAUGCUGCGGGAUCGUCUGUGUAAAGCUUUAAGUUACAUGCAAGAACAGAGGUACGUUGCGAAACCUGCGGCUCAGAAUUACUACGAACAGCCGCGAAGGGUGCCGCAAGGCCAUCCGCUGCAGCAACAGCAAACGUUGCAACAAACGACAUCUGCGCAGAACUGGAACACGAAUCCGCUGAAGCAAACUUACGGGGCACCCACGAAUCAGUUCAACGCCCAGCCGACUCAGCUGUACGGAAUGCCCCCGCCUCCUCAAUCUCAAAUGCAGUCUACAAUCUACGAUCAAUACUCUACAUCACACUCGUACAAUCAGGCCCCGAUAGCGCAGCCUCUUCCUCCACCUCCACCGACAUCCGCUUCGAAUUUGAGCGGCUCGAGACCGUCCAGUGUCGGACCGCAAUCGAGAACAAAAUAUCUGGUAGAUCCGUCUGUGAAAUCCACCCCGUCGUACGGUCAGACUGCCUUCCCGCCGUCGAAUCCGCUGUACAAUUCUCAGCAAGUCCCACCUGUCCCCGGCUACCCUCAGAAUUCAUAUCAACCCCAGGUUCCUGUGCCGGGUAACGUUUAUCCCAGUCAACCGCCAAGUUUCAUGAAUACUCCUAAGGAACCGGAACCGUACAAGCCGCUUCAGCCAAACAUAAUGACGCCGCUGCAAAAUGUGCCACAGACCCAGAUGUACGAUCCUGUUAGAUCCCAGCCUACUUCGCAAACGCAGGCAUACGGGAACGAAAAUGCGUAUCCAUUACCGCCGCAAUCGUCCGGAUGGAACGAUCCGCCCAUUGCGAAAAGCAGAGCACAGCCAGUACUGGCACUAUACUGCGAAAUGUCUGCGGAACAUUCUGGUACUAAGAAGUGGAAGGCAAAACAUUCAAAGGGUGUAGACGUUAAGUCGAAAACGGACUAUCAACUACAAAAUCCAAUAAUGCAUCCAUUUCAAACUAAUCAACCAGAAUCGAAUCCAUUACCUCAAGACAACUUCUAUCCGGAACCUCCCGCAGUUUAUAAUCCGCAAUUCAGGCAAGGCGUGCCGAAUACGGUACCACUUAACAAACCAAUUGAACCAAUGCAACCUGCGAUGCCUGCAAGGGUUGCAGAACCUGAAAAACCUAAAGCACCUAUACCCGAGCAACAUUUGCAUUUAAAAACGAUAUUGGAUGAAUUAAAAAAUCAAUGUUAUGAAAAUGCAAAAAAUCCGCAAAUCAAAAGGAAGAUAGAAGAUGUGUCAAAGAAACUGGAAGUGUUAUACGAUUGCCUUAGAGAAAAUAAGUUAUCUCAGAAUACUUUGCAAGUCUUACAUCAAAUAUCACAGAUGAUUCAAAAUGGCAAUUAUACGGGCGGAUUGGACUUACAUACGCAAUUAGUAUCAGGACCAGAUUUUAGUCAAAUAGCUUCCUUUAUGCCCGGAAUUAAAGUAUUGCUUCUAAGUGCCCUUCAAUUGAGCGUUUACAUUAGAUAGAAUGCAAUAAUCUACAUUGUUCAUAUAUUCAUCAUGAAUUU